CUGACCAUCAUGUGCUACGACCGCUACGUGUCCAUCUGCAAACCCCUGCACUAUGGGACCCUCCUGGGCAGCAGAGCUUGUGCCCACAUGGCAGCAGCUGCCUGGGCCAGUGGCUUUCUCUAUUCACUGCUGCACACGGCCAAUACAUUUUCCCUGCCCCUGUGCCAUGGCAAUGCCCUGGGCCAGUUCUUCUGUGAAAUCCCACAGAUCCUCAAGCUCUCCUGCUCACACUCAAACCUCAGGGAACUGGGACUUCUUGCUGUUGGUGUCUGUUUAAGUUUUGGCUGUUUUGUGUUCAUGGUUUUCUCCUAUGUGCAGAUCUUCAGGGCCGUGCUGAGGAUCCCAUCUGAGCAGGGACAGCACAAAGCCUUUUCCACCUGCCUCCCUCACCUGGCUGUGGUCUCCCUGUUCAUCAGCACAGCCACAUUUGCCUACCUGAAGCCCCCCUCCAUCUCCUCCCCAUCCCUGGAUGUGGCCCUCUCAGUUCUGUACUCAGUGGUGCCUCCAGUCCUGAACCCUCUCAUCUACAGCCUGAGGAACAAGGAGCUCAAGGCUGCAGUGUGG